AUACAAAUAUGGCAGAUAAAGGGAAGUAAUCCUAUAGUACCAUUAAAAUGGUGGAUUGAGGUCAUUUUAUGUUAUCUUCUUACAUGUAAGGACAUUUCAAUGUGCACAGAUGGAAAAUUAUAAAACAGACGACUUUGGAUUAGGAUACUCACUGCAAAACUUACCUGAACCGAGUAAUGUCAAUGUCGCUGGUGCGUAAAACUGCUGUUCAUUUAGCGACACGAGCAAUCUACUUACAUACCUGUCGCCUGCUGUAUCAGAAGACAUAUUUAUCUGCAAAAUCAACUGGAAAUUCGACAAGAUUUUUCUCAACUUCUAAAACCAUGGCAACAUCGCAGCAACAGGAUCUUGGGAAUGCGUUUGAAGACAGUGAAAUCCAAGCCUAUAUAGAUGACAUAAAAACACUAAUUGUCGAGGAAGCUUUAGUGAAAGGCUCAGAUAGAAACACGAAAGUGGUUGACUUCAAAAUACCGGAGGAAUUAACGAAAUUGUUGCCUCUUGAGAUAAGAAAAGAUGGUGCUAGUCACAAAGAGCUGUUGGAUGUUUGUAAAACAGUGAUAGAUUAUUCUGUGAAAACAAGUAAUCCACGUUUCUUCAAUCAACUGUACGGGGGACUGAAUGUUUACGGAAUGACAGGAUCAUGGUUGUCAGAUGCCCUAAAUACAAACAUGCAUACAUUUGAAGUGGCACCAGCGUUUAUUGUCAUAGAGAAGUAUAUAAUAGAGAAGUUAUGCUCUAUCAUUGGAUAUAAGACAGGAGAUGGCAUCUUUUGUCCAGGUGGAUCGUUCUCCAACAUUAUGGGAAUGAACUUAGCGAGGUUUAAAAAAUGUCCGGAUUUUAAGAAAACGGGAAUGUACGGUUUGAAACGAAUGAAACUGUAUACAUCAUCAGAGGCACAUUAUUCAAUGGUAAAAAGUGCGGUAUUUCUCGGCCUUGGUUCGGACAAUGUAGUUAGAGUAGAAACAGACGAAAUAGGACGUUUGAAACCAGAUGUGUUAGAGCAGCUUAUAAAGGCGGAUAUUGAAAAGGGUGAAGAGCCGACUUUUGUUAUGGCUACUUCCGGUACGACGGUUCUAGGAGCGUUUGAUCAACUAAACGAAAUAGCUGACGUCUGCGAGAAAUAUAACGUAUGGCUUCACUGUGACGCGUGUUGGGGUGGCGGAGCUAUGUUUUCGGAUAAACACAAACACCUAAUGUCCGGAGUGGAAAGGAUGCAGUCAGUUAGUUGGAAUCUUCACAAAAUGUCUACAGCACCGUUACAGUGCUCAGCUUUUCUUAUACAAUAUAAGGGAAUGCUUGAAGAUUGUAACAGAUACAAGGCGGAAUAUCUAUUCCAGCAGGACAAGUUUUACGACAUGUCUUACGACAUUGGUGACAAAACUGUCCAAUGUGGGCGAAAAGUAGAUGCAAUGAAGGCGUGGUUAAUGUGGAAGGCUCUCGGUGACGAUGGCAUGGCCGCUGCUGUUGAUAGGGCCUAUGAUAAUGCUAGAUACCUGACAGAAAAGCUGAGAAAAACUGAAGGAUUCCGAUUGGUUUUGCCGGAAUUUCAAUGCACCAAUAUAGGAUUUUGGUACAUUCCGAAAUCGCUCCGCGGGCAGGAGGAAACGCCGGAAUGGUGGGACAAAGUAUCCAGGGUGGCGCCAAAAAUCAAAGAAGGGAUGGUUAAAGAUGGAACAAUGCUGAUUGGCUAUCAGCCCCUCACAGUUAAAGGUUUUGUGAAUUUCUUCCGAAUAAUUAUUAAUAAUCCAAAAUGUGAUUAUUCGGACAUGGACUUUGUAGUCAAGGAAAUUGACCGUCUUGGGAGAGACUUAUGAAAAAAGAAGAAAUAUUAAACUUUAAAAAAAAUCUAACAAUGUUAACAAUGUUUAUUAUAUUAUUAUGAAUUAAAUAUUGCGAUAUAUUGAUGAAAUAUAAUGCAUAUUUUCAUUUUUCAGUAUUUUCACUGUAAAAUUUAUUUUUCACUGCAGUGAAAUAUAUUUUCCGUAUUUUUACUGGUGUCUUGCCGGAGCGUAGUAGAUCUACUUCCUAAUAAAUUUCGCCAAAACACAUUUUUUGGAGUAGUCUUUGAAAUUAAAAUGUCUAAAAAGUGAUAAAUGUAUGUUAUGAACAGAAAAUUCAAGUUUUUUUCUAUAAAUACAGGAUUUAUUUUCAUCUUGUGAUAUGAAAAUUAUCGUAUUUCACUCAUGGCCACUGCCACUCAUGAAAUAUUUAUUUUCAUACCACUCGAUGAAAAUAAAUCAUGUAUUUAUAGAAAACACUUAUAUCCUCUCUAUAUGCUUUAGUGAAAAUAUAAAAUGCACCGUAUAAAACGUAAUUAGGACAGUAUGAUGAAUGUCUUAAGCGAAACUGGUGAAAAUAAAGAAGAAAAAAGUAAAAUUCAUUUUUAAAAAACAAUGUAUCUUUAUUUUGUUUGUGAAAGAUGUUUAUUUUUUACUAUAUUGAACAGAAAAAUGAAGAAAUAUAUUGCAUAAUGCAGAAA